CAGAGGGAUGAGAUAGAAACGGUUGGAGCGUGUAUCUGCAUUCAUUAUCGCCUAAUUAUUAAAUGAUGUGGGACAUAUCCUAUAUAUUGACUAAAAGCCUAGCAAAGCCAUAAAAUGCGUCUUUCAUGAUAUGUUCAUGGAUUGUUUGACCUGCCAAAAAUGUUUUACUCAGGCUGCGCUAUUUCAGUGUUGUUGAACUAGAUAGACACGUUUUUUUUUCAUAAUUAUUGAUUUCUUACGCCGCCAACCUGAAGUUUAUCGUUAUCAUCUUGGUCGCCGGGAUGGUGGCCUUCGUUGGAGCAGUCCUCUGCAUCAUCGCCGCGGUCCAUACCGGCUCCGCUGCCGAGUCUACCCAGCAGCCUGUGGCAGACAACCAGUCGCAGUCUCCAUACGCUGGAGUGCAGCAGACUUUCCCCGGGGGCUCCGUGGCGCGAGCGGGUCCCCUGGGCGCUAUCCAUGGUUCUGAAAGGCAGCACGGAGAAACGCCCACCUUCUUCCACGUCGCCAGCAGCUUUGAUGCAGUGGGUGGAACUAGGCAGAUUAGUCAACUUAUCUGCACCCCAGUCCCCGCCGGAGAAUGCAACCCCAAAAACUUUCAGCAACAAGCCGAAGACCCGUCGCUGUACGCCGGAGAAGACUGGGGAAACCUCCGCACCACGGCAGAGGAACUACAACAGACAGUGCUCCAGCAGAAGGACCAGAUUAUCACCGACCAGCGGACCAUUAGGGAAAUGUCAGGCAAGCUUUCGGAGUGUGAGAGCGGAAGAGAGGGGCGUAGAGGCGCGGGGCUCUGGGGAGGUAAGAGGGUGGGUGAGGUCCGGCUCGUAGUCCGGGACCGUGCUCCGUUGACGACUGUGGCACAGCUGCUCACCGCUCAGGCUGUGGACGAGCUGGAACAGGCUAUCGUUCAGAUGAAAGACCGCAUAGAGAAACUGGAGUCAGAUAUUGGACCGCUGGCAUUCCCUCACAACCACACAGAUGCAGCAACUGCGAUGACUUCAAGAGGUGGUGGUGGUGUGCUCUCUGAGGCCCCUGAUGGUUGGGGUGAGGCAGGGCCAGGGGGACAGGCAGGGGAUGGACCAAAGCAGUGGCCACGGGUGGAGGAUCUGGAAGGAGAGCUUGAGAGGAAGCUGGAACUCCUGGAGAAGGAGAGGAAGGCCCUGCGAAAGGAAUCCCAAAGACACAGGCAGGAGAUCGACCAGGGGAUGAACUCCCUACACCACCGCAUCGCUGGCCUGGAGGAGGGACUUUCAGAGUACACCUAUCCCGAGGGCUACAAGCUGUCCUUCCCAGCACGUACCAACUAUAUGUACGCAGUGGUGCAGCACCCCAUCCCUGAGCUGCGUGCCUUCACCGUGUGCCUCUGGCUGAGACCCACCGAGGGGGGCAUCGGCACCCCCUUCUCCUACGCUGUAGCGGAGCAGCCAAAUGAGCUAGUUCUGCUGCAGGGCAUGAACACCCCUGUGGAGCUGCUCAUUAACGACAAGGUGGUGCAGUUACCUCUGAACCUGUCUCGGGGCAGCUGGCACCACAUCUGUGUAAGCUGGAGCCAGAGAGGUGGGGCGUGGCAGGCCUACCAGGGGGGCAAGCUGAGAGGAGAGGGGCAGGGCCUGGCAGCUUGGCACCACAUCAGGCCUGGGGGAGUCCUCAUCCUGGGGCAGGAACAGGACAAUCUGGGCGGGCGUUUUGACUCGUCCCAAGCCAUGGUGGGGGAGUUAUCCCAGUGGAACUUAUGGGAACAGGUCCUGACCCCCAGCGAGGUGUCCAGCCUGGCCCACUGCAGCCAGCACAGCCCCCAGCCAAAGGGUAAUGUGGCCCCCUGGACCAAACGGGAAGUAGAGGUGUUUGGAGGAGCCACCAAGGUGCCCAUGGAGCCCUGCGCUGCCAAACUCACCAACACCCCACUGUGAGGGGAAGGGUGAUAUAGGAUCCAGGGACCUAACUUACAAAGCGUCUCAGAGUAGGACAAGUGAUUGGGGAAAAAUCAAUACAGUUACAUAUCGCAAUAUUCUUUUGGACAAUAUUAUAGUGAUACUUUUUGUUGUUGUUGCUAUGUAGGUUAGCUAGCACUAGUCAGCUAUGCCUGCGCCAGAACGCUGGUAUUUUGUUGCUCUUCAUUUUCUUUUAAAAUAGUGAGCCAACAUGUUUUCAAUGCUUUUAUUUCCAUGACUGAUCAAAACUAAUUUUCUCAUGCUCUCUCGUCUCUCUUCAGCAGACAUAUAGAGAGCAAUCUCUUUGGAACAUCAAAUUGUAAUAAAAUCGCAGUAUUGAAUCGCAAUACAUAAAGAAUUGUGAGAAUCAGUAUUGUCACCUACAUGUAAGUAUCAUGAUAAUAUUCGUGAGAUCCCUGGCAAUUUCCCAGCCGUACUGUACGUGUCAUAUUAUACAGCUGUAUUGAAGUAGGGCAAAACAUUGUGGAGGUAACAUAUUCCUAUCUGAACAACUAGUUAUGUAGAACAGCAGGAAUGCCUAACUGACAGUAGAUUAAGGAAUCAAGUCAGCUCUAUUCAUCACAUUUCUAUCUGCAAUGUUCGGUAUAUUAUACAUUGUGAAUUUGUGAAGUGAAUUUAUGGGUGGAGCUUGGGUGAAAGGGAGUAAGGGAAUGGGGAAAUGAGGCGCGUUUAGAAGUGGGAGUGACACUGGUUUUGUAACUAUUCAUAAAGACUUCAUUUAUCCCUCAAGGGGUAAUUUUGUUUUGCAUGUUUUAUUUUUUUAUGUUUUACAUCUAUUGUUGAUUAAGUUUAUUCAGAGCUACAGGACACAGAGUGGGUCGGCUAGGCAUACAUACUUUUGCAUUUCAACUGCUGCUUUGGACUUGGUCUAUGGCCAAGCACUAGGUCCUAGGAGCCGAUUUUGUUUUUCUCAAUAGGAGCAAACAAUUGGGUAUCUAUAGCUUUCUCUAUCAUCUGACUUGUGUCUAACCGAAGGGGAUAACUCAAGUGUACAUUAUGAUUAUAUAUAACAUUUUAUAUGCAGACAUUAAGAACACACAAUCGCGUUGAUUUUUUAAAUAACUUUUUGUAUCAAAUUGUUUCAAAAUAGCAUUUGUACUGUAUCUCUUUUCAUAUUCCUUCUCGUUAACAUUUUUAUAAAUAGUCUAUCUUAGUAAUACAGCAUGUCUAAUCAUUCCCUAUGACUAAUAAGAACUACAGAAACAGAGAUAUGAACUAAUCUCUUUGGCACUAAUUCAAAUUCAGUAACUGUAUCCAGUAAUGUCAAUGUGUGGCUUGAAUUGAUACAAAAAAUAUGUCUUAGACUUGGGCAGUGCUGUUACCCAAGCUCAUUGAAUUACUGUGUUGCACAAUAUGGUAUAGCACAAAGUUUGAUACUUUCUAGAACACCAGAAUAAGUAUUGGUACCAAGUUGUACUGUCAUGUAUAAACUGUGUUAUAUAAUGCUUUUAUAUUCAAUGUAAACAGUGAUAUGAAUAACAAUGGGUUUAAAUGCAUGUCAUUAUACUGCAGACGUGUAUUCAUUUUACAUAUCAAUGCACAUUCAUAUAUAAUUCAAUGUAUGAAAACCCUCUUAAUCUUCUACAGCUUGCCAUCCAGUGACGUGAGGUCUGAGGCCGGGUAGGCACAUUCUAUUGAGGCUCAUAAAGCUACGGUGUUAUGGUGUUUAUCGGUAUUGACACGAUCACAAAGAUAACCAUCAAACAGCAGCAACCAUUAGACUCAGGCCGUAAUUGCUUGUGCCUCACUCAGGUGACUUUCAGCACCACAGACAGCGACAGGGGGUACCGGUACAGAGUUAAUUGGGGGUAGAAGCUGUUAAGAGGUCUUUUUGACCUAGAUUUGAUGUUCCGGUACCGCUUGCCGUGCGGUAGCAGAGAGAACAGUCUAUGACUAGGGCUUCUGGAGUAUUUGACAACUUUUAGGGCCUUCAUCUGACCGCCUGUUAAAGAGGUCAUGGAUGGCAGGAAGCUUGGCCCCAGUGAUGUACUGGGGCAUAUGCACUGCCCUCUGUAGUGCCUUGCGGUCAGAGGCCAAGCAGGUGCCAUACCAGGCAGUGAUGCAACCAAUCAGGAUGCUCUCGAAGGGUGCAGCUGUAGAAUUUGAGGAUCUGAAGACCCAUGACUAAUCUUUCCAGUCUCCUGAGGGGGAAUAAGCUUUGUCGUGCCCUCUUCAUGGCUACCUUGGUGUGUUUGGACCAUGAUAGUUUGUUGGUGAUGUGGACACCAAGGAACUUGAAGCUCUCAACCUGCUCUACUACAGCCCCUUCGAUGAGAAUGAGGGCGUGCUCAGUCCUCCUUUUCCUGUAGUCCACAAUCAUCUCCUUAAUCUUGAUCAUGUUGAGGGAGAGGUUGUUGUCCUGGCACCACACGGCCAUGUCUCUGACCUCCUUCCUAUAUGCUGUUUCGUUGUUGUUGGUGAUCACGACUACCACUGUUGUGUCAUCAGCAAACUUAAUUAUAUUGUUGGAGUCGUGCCUGGCCGUGCAGUCAUGAGUGAACAGGGAGUACAGGAGGGGGCUGAGCACGCACCCCUGAGGAGCCCCUGUGUCGAGGAUCAACGUGGCGGAUGUGUUGUUACCUACCCUUACCAGCUGGGGGCGGCUCGUCAGGAAGUCCAGGAUCCAGUUUCAGAGGGAAAUGUUUAGUCCCAGGGUCCUUAGCUUAGUGAUGAGAUUUCAGGGCACUAUGGUGUUGAAAGCUGAGCUGUAGUGAAUGAAUAGCAUUCUCACAUAGGUGUUCCUUUUGUCCAUGUGGGAAAGGGCAGUGUGGAGUGCAAUAGAGAUCUGUGGAUCUGUUAGGACAGUAUGCAAAUUGGAAAGGUUCUAGGGUUUCUGGGAUAAUAGCGUUGAUGUGAGCCAUGACCAGCCUUUCAAAGCACUUCAUGGCAACAUAUGUGAGUGGUACGGUCAGUAGUAAUUUAGGCAGGUUACCUUGGUGUUCUUGGGCACAUGGGACUAUGGUGGUCUGCUUGAAACAUGUAGGUUUAACAGACUCAGUCAGGGAGAGGUUGAAAAUGUCAGUGAAGACACUUGUCAGUUGGUCAGCGCAUGCUCGGAGUACACGUCCUGGUAGUCCUUCUGGCCCUGCGGCCAUGUGAAUGUAUACCUGUUGUAAGCAGGAAUCAGGAGGAUAGAAUUAUGGUCAUUUUUACCAAAUUGAGGGCGAGGGAGAGCUUUGUACACGUCUCUGUGAGUGGAGUAAAGGUAGUCUAGAGUUUUUUCCCUUUUGUUGCACAUUUAACAUGCUGGUCGAAAUGAGGUAAAACGGAUUUAAGUUUCCCUGCAUUAAAGUCCCCGGCCACUAGGAGUGCCGCCUCUGGAUGAGCGUCUUCCUGUUUGCUUAUGGCCAUAUAUAGCUCAUUGAGUGCGGUCUUAGUGCCAGCAUUGGUUUGUGCUGGUAAAUAGACAGCUACCAAUAAUAUAGAUUAAAAUUUUCGCGGUAAAUAGUGUGGUCUACAGCUUAUCAUGAGAUACUUUACCUCAGGUGAGCAAAACCUUGAGAGUUCCUUAGAUUUUGUGCACCAGCUGUUGUUUACAAAUAUACAUAGACCCUCACCCCUUGUCUUACCAGAGGUCACGACAUCCGCCGAAGUUGGUCCCUCUCCUUGUUCAGGCGGCGUUCGACGGUCGAAGUCACCGACCUUCUAGCCAUCGCCGAUCCACUUUUCAUUUUCUUUUGGUUUUGUCUUGUCUUCCAUCACACCUUGUUCCAAUUCCAUCCAUUCCAUGUUGUGUAUUUAACCCUCUGUUCUCCCCCCAUGUCCUUAUCCGUAAUUGUUUCUUGUAGUGCUUGUGCACGGUAUGCUGGUUAUUACCGGGUUUUGUUUGACACAUUUCAUGUAUUCUUCUGUUGACGGUGUUUUAUGUUUAUUAAACGACACCGUUGUAAAUCGCUCUCCUGCACCUGACUUCUCUGCCGCCAGUACGCACCUCAUUACAACGGCUGUUCUAUCCUGCCGAAAAAGUGCAAAACCCACCACCUGUAUGUUAUUUAUGUCGUCUUUUAGCCACAACUCGGUGAAACAUAUGAUAUUACAGUUUUUAAUGUCCCGUUAGUAGGAUAUACGUGCUCGUAGUUAAUCUAUGUUUGUUAUCCGGUGAUUGUACAUUGGCUAAUAGAACCGAUGGUAAAGGCAGAUUACCCACUCGCCGUCAGAUCCUUAUAAAGCAGACAGACCUACGUCCCAAAUAUCUCCAUCUCUUUCUCCUGCAAAUGACAGGGAUGGGGGCCUUGUCUGGAGUAAAUCCUUCGCCUCCGACUCGUUAAAGAAACCCUAACUACUAAACCCUGGAAAUUAAGUUCACAAAAGUGGUCAAAAUUGGCUCUCAUCUGAACAUUGGUAUUGUGCAGUGUGUUGCUAUAGAUUUGCCCUCUCCUUACUAUGAUCGGCUGUUUACUAUGAAUUUUGCUUCUUGCCAGGCCCAGAUCAUUGCAUUUCUGCUCAAAUCACUCAUAGAAGCUAUCAAAGUCUUGUUGCUGCCGUUCCAGUGCUUUCAUUGUGUCGCUGAUCUGGGGAUGGCAGACACUCAUAUCCAUCACUUUGUUCUGCAGAACACGGAAGAGCGCAUCAGUUUCCUUGAAAAUUUCAUCAUAGGCCAACACGGUGGCGGUCUCUGGAUGGUUUGCUAGCUGUUCAUUUCGUUCAGCAAAGGCAUGUAAUAGUUCCACAUAGUUGCCCCUAGGCCUGGUUGAUGUGCUGGCACUCUCAUCAUUGCUGCAAAAUGCCACCGUCUGUUUACCUAGGUAGCAUGCCAUAGCAUUAAUUAGCUAGGGCUUUCAAAAUCUCACGGUUCUCUUUUACCUUUGCAUUGUGCAUGCUGAUAUUCAAUCUCCAUUGUUCAUUGAAUACCAGAUCUAUCUGUGAGCUGCCAAAUGUCUUAAGAGCUAUCUGGCUUUGAUGUGAGACACAGGUUUCUCACGCUUGUUGAACGCUAUAGACAAAUUGUUCAACUCUUGUCCACACACUGUCACUGGUGGAGAACAGCAGGCAGGGGAAGCAGUAGAGUCGGCUGCUAGCAGUGCAGCCACAGAGCCAGUCUUUCCGUUGAUACAACUCAGUUUGAAAUUAUCGUGUCAUUUUCUAUUUUCUUUAGAUGUAGGUCGCUAAACUCAGGUGUUGGUCUUCACACUGUCUCUCUAGAAAAUCCAAUGUGAUGACUGCUAUUUAUCGAAUAAUUACCUACUACUUAUAAUUAUUACUCUAUUAAAUUAAUCAUGUAGCAAUUAACUCAUUAGGAAUUUGGGGCACCACGGGUAAAAUUGUUUCCUGAGUUACUAUCUCUCGACUUAAACUCUACAGAUGAUCUAAAUAUCUCUUACAUCAAUAACAGUACAUUAUUAAUUAUUACCUCAUCAGUAUUACCUCAUAUUAAUUAUUACCUCUCAUUCUGAACGUUGUUGACUUCGUAAAUCUGCACGUACCCUAACUUAAGUGAUGAAUCAGCGAUACACAAAUUGGCUUCAUUAUUUAUUUACUAACUAACUAAACAAUCACACAGAAAUACAUAAACACACACACACAGUAUAGGUUAUUGAUUACUAAUGCAAUGACAACAGUCCCUAUUUUUAUUUUAUUUUAUUUCACCUUUAUUUAACCCUUGUAGGCCAGUUGAGAACAAGUUCUCAUUUACAACUGCGACCUGGCCAAGAUAAAGCGAAGCAGUGCGACAAAAAACAACAACACAGUCAAUAGCACAAUAGAAAAAUCUAUAUACAGUGAUUAUAUAGUCCCUAGUGGACUAACCUGAUAUGACGGCUUGAUAAACAAUGUAAAGGGGGGUUAUGUAAGGAGAGGGAGAGACAGAGUCAAAUUCUCGUAUAUACAUUUGGAAACUACGCUCACUGUAGUCAGAAUAUUUAGCACCCUAACAACCGCUCAUUCGGAUUAGAAAUGCAACAUAUAUUUACACGUUGAUGUCUUUGUCUGUCGUCUCUCUGUAGUUUGAAGUCUCUGGUUGUCCACCAUAGGUCACAAUGUCCUUAGUAUGCUUCUUUGUUCUGGAGUGUUAUUAGAAUGGAUCCUUCAGGUGUACCACGCGGUGGUGAAAGGGAUCUAUUCCUCCCUCCCGUCUUUGGUCAAAUGCCCGAGACUACUUCACAUACCAGCUGCAGACUGGGAAUGUUUGGUCUGGUCUUCACCUUCUUCACUCUUCGAGAGUUUCAGAGGGUCUUACCAUUUUCUGGUCUUGUAGUUUUAACCAUUUCAACGUGUGGACCACGUCCUCACGUUCUCUGGUCUGUAUUUAAAUUCUCAGCGAGUCCUUUUAAGCACUCUGGCCUUGGAGGGCGUUCUGUCCUGUUGACACAAUAUAUGUGCUCACGUGGACAGGGUUACUGACUGGGCUCAAGUUUAUAUGAAAGUCAAUAUCUCAUUCAGAAGGCUAAAAUCAAAUUUUAUCUUCACAAAAGUAUUUUAUACUUAAAAAGUAUUCUUAUAUCUAAUAAUGUAUUGUAUACAACAUUUAGAUGCAAACCUGAUAACUAGGACAUAUACACAUUCAAAUAAUAAACGAUAUGACAUGAUUACUGUUUGGAUCCCCACCAACAAUUCCAAACGUUUCGAUUUCAAAACAAAUGUUCCAAUGUCCAAUCUUUUGCUGUUGGAGUUCUUAGCCAAGAGUCUCUCUACCCACAGCACAUUCCUUUUUUCAGUACUGCAGGGCAAGGGAAAGAAAGUUUACGACCGGCGUUAAGUCAUAAAACCGGCCCAACUCCCCUUCCUCUCUGGUGGAAGAGGGGUCUGGCUAUCUGUCAACCCUGUGUCGAGCUGAUCUGGCAGCUUUGAGCCUCACCAAGGACAGAGAGUCAUGACAAUAGGCAGGGGCGAGCUCUGACUAUCCUCUUGCAAAGCUCUCUACCUGCCUUCAUCCGUUAGCUGGCAGUAUAAGGUAGAAACACGAAUUCGCAAGUCAUGUCAAUUCCUUUCAUUGAGUUUGAAUUUGAAGGGCGGGGAAAAGGUACAUGGCGAGGCUGCCUUUCCCCUCGCCUCCUUGAGCAUUUUGUACCAGAUCACUGCAAAUUUGGGAAGUAGUAGUACUAGUUCAGACAUCUAUUUUAUCAUGCAGAAAAAAAUGAAGUUGAUAAUGAAUAUUGAUUAAAAAGUAUAUUUAUUUAUUUUUCAUUAGUUAUUUUAUCAUAUAUUUUCACACUGCCUACCCUUCCUACCCAAACCGCACAUCACUGUCGCUUUCCCUGGUUAUGACUAAGUGGCAAGUUCCUGUCUGGGUAUCUUUACCCAUAUUAAAGAAAUGUCCAUUCCUUUCUCUACUGUAGUUAUUAUUCCAACAUCAUUCUGCAGUGUGAUCAGUGUUUUGCCUGCCUCUGGUCUGCUCGGCUCAUGUCUGCACUUCUAUGGUCUCUGUGAUAUUGUGGCAAACUGUACAGCUUAGAAAAUGAAUAAACAAGAUUUCUCUAUUAACCAAACAAUGUCUUAUAGUCGGUGUUGGGAAAAUCACUCUUUGUAUUACCUGUAUUUUUUAACAGGAUUUAACUCUAUGUUUAGGCAAAUUUGGCAUCUCUUUUUCCUCUUCUUUCCUGUCAGAGUUGGUUUACUUUGUGUGUUCAUGUCCUUGUUUUCACUGGUUUUGAAAUGCACAGCCCGAAAAGCUCAAAUGGCCAAAAGUAAAGUCUGUUUCAAAUGUGA